UUCUCUUUGAUCUUCAUUUUUUACCAUGUAACAGUGUCAGUCUCAAAUAAACCCAAUUUAAAAUUACUAAAAGUGACUUCUCAUUUAUUGAACACAACAAAAUGGUGCCGAAAAACAGUCUACAUCUCAAGAAAGUGUUAUUUCGACAAAGUGGUAGUGAACUUGUGUAAAAACAUAAUGCAACAUUUUCGUCGCGCGGAGGACAUUUUACAGAAGCCACGAAGCCAUUCCGAUCACGUGACCAAGUCCUGACAUUUCAACGCAGUACACUGCAUGUCGGGUCACAUCAGCGCACGACCCACCAAACUCAUCGGAUCAAUCGUGCACAACCGGCGAUGUAAAGCAUAAUAAGUUCUUACCACAGACAAUGACAUAAAAGGAUUGAAAUUUUUCUUCAUUCAUUCAUUCAACAAAAAUAGCAACGUAAUGCAGUGAAUAAAAACAAACGCUUUUUUUAUUGAUAUUGCCCGACGGAUUUGCCUGGUCAGUCCUCUAAAUAAUAUAUAUUACUUGUAUCGCAACAGUACAGUGCAGCAAUAACACUGCAUGUCUAACAUUUCUUCGGAAUCAAAUACUUCGACGGAGUGGUACGACGAAGAAGAACGUGACGAUAGAAUGGCGGAACAGGUAAAGCGUCUCAAUAUAGCACGUGGCCAGUGCAAGGCCACCAUAACAAGAGCUGAAAAAUUCUUCACGGACACCCCGUUAGAGUCAAUAACGACAGAGGACUUGCAGAUCAGGCAAAAAUCAAUUUGCGCGGCCUAUGAAAAAUACCAAUCACUUUCCAUUGACAUGCAACUUCUUGAUGUAGAAGUCGAUGCAGAUGAUGAAGAGAUGGAAUCACGCUACACCAAAUUAGAAGUUACCAUACAACGUCUGCUAUCCAACUCUGUGACCAAAUGUGGCCAGGCGAAAACUCCUGAGGCUAACCAUUCUGCGGCUCAUCUAACAUCAUUGGAGAUACCAGUUUUUGAUGGAAGGGACAUCUCUCUUUAUAAACCAUUCAUGGAAAUGUUUGAGGCCGUUGUACAUCAUGAUAACCGGCUGUCAGAUGUCCAGAAAUUAUGUUUCCUCAAGAAAUAUGUACGGGGCGAGCCUCUACAACUGAUAGAUAGUUUACCGAUCGUUGGAGUCUCCUACACUGAUGCUGUAAGUUUGUUGAAGAAACGGUACGACAAUGAAGCUUUGCUGAUACAUAACCAUGUCUGCAACUUACUCGAUCUGCCUGCUGUGCAGAGAGGAACAGCUCAACAGCUAAGGGAACUCACCGCUAAAGUGAGGUGUCCCUACUCCUGGAUGUAAACGUCUUCUUUCGAGCGGUGAAGGAUGGCAAGAUCGAGUGGGGCCCAUCGGAUCCGAUACUACUCAACACUCGUUUUGGAUACAUCGUCUCAUGCAAUUUUCCAAAACACAACAACGGUAGUAUUUCCAAUACAUCAUAUGUAUCUAUGCAUACAGUAACGGUCGAAUCAAACCUAGAUACACAAGUCCAAAGAUUAUGGGAAGUUGAGAAGGUUCCUGAAAUUUAUCUAGAGUCAAAGCCCGAACACGAGCAUAGUGAACAAUUGUUUAAAGAGUCUAUGACGUUAUCCAAUGACCGUUUUGAAGUCAAAUUACCACUCAAAACUGAUCCAAGCAUUAUUAAUACAGCAGAUUCAUUUGCAAUUGCAUUGCAACGCUUUCUUAAUUUAGAAAAACGUUUUGUUAAGGAACCUGAAUAUUAUGCAUUAUACCGCGACUUUAUUCAAGAAUAUCUGGCUUUAGGUCAUGCUAAAGUCAUAGAUACAAGCAGUUGCGAUCCAAAUGAUCUGCCAUUAAACUUUAUACCCCAUCAUGGUGUUUUGAGAUUAGAUAAAAUAACCAACAAAUUGCGUGUUGUGUUCGAUGGUACGGCUCACACAAAGAAUGGUCCCAGUUUAAAUGAUAUAUUGUGCAAUGGCCCAGUGGUCCAAAAACAAUUGUAUGAUAUUUUAAUUGCAUUUCGUACAUACAAAUAUGUUAUUAUGUGUGACAUUCGUCAUAUGUAUAGGCAAAUUAUGAUUCAUCCUGAUCACAGGCCUCUACAGAACAUCAUAUGGCGUGAUGAUUCAAAUGAACCACUACAGUGCUUACAGUUACAAACAGUAACUUACGGGUUAACUAGUUCCGCCUACCUUGCCACUAGGUGUUUAAUAGAGCUUGCAAACAUUCAUCAAUCCACUUAUAAGUCGGCCAGUCAAGCUGUAUUACAGGGUUCAUACUGUGAUGAUUUUUUGUGUGGUGCAGAUACAUUUCAGGAGGCUUCUCGACUGAUCAAGGAGCUGAUAGGUUUAUUACAGCUAGGUAGUUUUGACUUGCACAAAUGGUGCUCCAAUGAUAUCAAUCUUUUAUCAGACAUUCCGAAAAGUAAGUAUGGAUUUGAUCCAAGGGAUUUGAAUGAGGACCAUUUGACAGUUAAAACAUUAGGAUUAUCUUAUGAUGCUAAAGAGGAUGUAUUCAAAAUGAGUGGUAAGAAUGUAACUACAUCUGACAAACCCACUAAGCGUACUGUCUUAAGUUCUAUCAGCAGAAUGUUUGAUCCGUUGGGUUUCACUGGUCCUAUUGUUGUUUGUGCCAAGCUAAUACUGCAGCAGAUUUGGCGUUGCAACCUGGAGUGGGACACUCCACUACCUGCGGACCAGGUCGAAGUUUGGCAAAAUUUCUAUUCCAGUCUCAUAAAUAUGCCUGAUAUAAUAAUACCACGCAAUUUGUACUUAGCUGACUCUGAUGAAACACAAAUAAUUGGUUACUGUGAUGCCUCUUCGGGUGCUUAUUGUUGUUGCAUUUAUAUAAAGCUCAGAAUUAAUAAUACUGUGCAUGUUCAUUUGUUGACUUCAAAAUCAAGGCUUGCCCCCUUAAAUUCAAAACUUACUAUCCCUAAGCUGGAGUUGAAUGGUGCAUUAAUGCUGGCUAAGCUUGUUACUAAAAUUGGUUUGUUAUUUAGUAAUGUUACAACAUUUAAUCUAUUUUGCGACUCACAAAUUGUACUGAGUUGGUUAAAGUCCAACUCCAUAAAACUGCCUGCUUACAUAGGAAAUAGAGUACAUGAAAUAAAUAGAUUAACACAAUCAGCGAGCUGGCAUUACACGCCUAGUUUGCUUAACCCAGCGGAUGUUUUAUCACGUGGCUGCAUUCCUCAAGAUUUAGCUAAAAAUACAUUAUGGUGGCACGGUCCAGAUUACUUAUGUAACACAAAUGAUUACAACUUCUACUUGUCCAGCAUUGAGGCACCAUUGAGCAUCCAUCCGGGAUCAUCAGAGGACACAGAAAUUAAUUUAGCGGUAAUACAGGAUAAUAAGGAAUUAUUACCCUUUUUUACAAAACUUUCAAGUUUGCAUAAAAUGCAACAUGUAAUGGCCUAUGUAUUAAGGUUCAUAAAUAUGUGUAGAAAGCGGCACACACAAAUGGGAAGCCUGUCUGUAAAGGAAUUGCAAAACGCACAUCUCACAAUUAUAAAGUGUAUACAAAAACAUUACUUUUCUAAAGAAAUUAAUGCCAUUAAAAACAACCAAGUUAUUGCAUCAAACUUAUAGUCUAAUCUUCUUAUCUUUAUAAUAGAUGCAAAUUGUACUUAGUUUGCUUAAUGGCACUUUGGAAUAUGUAUUGAAAGGAGUUAGGACAUUGUAGGAAUUAGCUCCCAUUGAGCUCCACCGUCCGGAAUGGAUUUGAGAGUGGAAUAAACAAAAUCUCUUUUGCUUUCUUUAUUAAGCUGUCUCUUUAAUUUAGUGAUAAAUCCAUCCCCAUCUGACAAAAUAUCAUAACUGUAUUUGAUAUCUUUGUUCAAUAAGUCUGUAAUAAAAUUAUUACCAAAUCCAUACAUGAUUAUAUCCUUUAUUACGGCCCCAUGGGGUGAUCGUGCUAUUACAGAUGUGAUCUUUUGAUCAAUGACAGUAAUCUCCAAGUCAUUGUUAUGAUAUUUUCCGGAUAAUGAAAAAUCAAAUUUGGUUCUUCUAUUUUCUGUUUUAUAAUGUGACGAUGAGGUUGAUGGAGGUUUUGAGUAUGUACGAGAUACAGGAUUUGGUGCAGUUUGUUUUACUUGGAAAUUCUCAAUUAGUGCUGUUAAACCACUAAAAUUUCUGAGAAAGGUAUUCUGUUGGACCGCCAUGUCCUCCAGAAAUUUCUUGGUCUCGGCUUGCUGGGUCUGGAUCAUUAUACCCUUUCAUUGAUGAAAACAAUUUGUUGAGAGUGGGCGGAAGACUACAUCAAGCAGCUGUACCCUAUGCAAAGAGGUUUCCCAUCAUUUUGCCCAAAAAAUGCCACUACACAAAACUCAUUAUUGUAAAUGAGCAUUUAAGUUUAUUGCACGGUGGUUUAAAACUGACUUUGAACAGCCUAAAUCAAAAAUAU